AUGGCGGUCCUUCCGGAACUAAAGUCGGAUCGGCUGCGUAUGCAGCUCAGUACUGUCGGCGAACGAUUCGCGGGCUUCAAGACCUCCAUUGCAGAUGACUCACGCAAGAGGAAGCAAAUAGAUGAGCAGAGAUAUCAGGAAAUCAAAGAUUCAAUAGUGGCUGUGGAGAAAACCCUCAAUCAAGAGAUAAAGAGGAGAGUCGAUGCUAACAAGACACUCCAACAGAUAUCUGAACAAAUGGCCAAUGAAAUGCUUGACCGGUUACAACUACGGAUAGUAAAAUACAUAGAGAGCCUUACGGUGUCGAUGGACAUGCUGAUAACACGGUGCGAGAGUCUGGAAAAGGGGCUCGCCCAAAUGAAAGGGGAUCUACCCAGCAAACUUGCGCAAGACUUCGCAGCCCUCCAACGUGAAGCAGCCACCCUUCGUCAGGCCUUUGCAGCUGAGACGAAAAACAAAAACGAACGCGAGAGUCUCGCGUGCAAGAAGUUGGGGGAACUCCAACUUCUUGUAGACUCAAAAUUUGAGGCUGAGAUUGCAGUUAGGCAGGAACAGCUAAAUCUCAUAAAGAGGGAGGUUGAGAGGCUUGUCAAGGGAGACGAAGCUCAUGAGCAAUUCCGCGCCUUCAUUAUGGAGGAGUUGAUGGCUCUUAAGAAUGGACUGGCAUUAGCGACGCAGGCGCGAGAACAGUCAGACGAUGAGAUUAUACAGGCGAUUAACCAGUAUACUACAGCGCUUCAGAAAGGGUUGCGGACAAUCAACGCGCUGUAG